AUGCUGACAGCAAUGGCAGUAAUCCUUCAGACGAAACCUACCGUGCUCCUGGCCUCCGCUCAUGUCGAUUACCUUACAAGCAGAGGGCUGAACUCAGGACAAGAAGAUGAGACGCAAACGUACCUCUCAUACCAACUCGAUAUCCGCCCAUCCCAAGAAUUCAGUGGCCCCAGCGCCAAAAGCAAGCUCACAGCUCUUGAAAUAUCGGCUACGCACGAACAAUGCAUGCAAUUUUUCGUGCCGCAUGGUGGGAUAAUUGGAUCCGAGGAGAUGGAAACUGAGGCUACAAGUUUAACGUUGCAAGAGGGACGAUUGCUACACAUGUCUAGCUCGGUUGAUAUGGAGAACGCUAUUACGAUUGGUUGCGCUGGGGCUAUUCUUACCCACCUACAGAGGCGAAGAGCCACAGAUAUGGUACCUGGGAACAGGGCAUCAGAUUUAUUCAGUAUCAACUCUCUUAGGAUGUUCGGGUUGCAGGAUACCAUACUCAUCAACGGCAAUGCCCUAUUGUCCCUCCAAAUAAUACAGUCCGAAUCUCACCCUAGUAUGUUCGACCAGGGUCCGGGCAAGAAGUCAUCGUCCUCUAAAGAAGGUCUAUCAAUAUACGGCAUAUUCCACCAAUUCGCAAAUACUAUUCGUGAACUGCACGACUUCAUAAGCGUGUUCCUACGACCGGAUAACUUUAAAUGCUCGGAGAAGAUGACGAAGAGCUUAAAGCACAUCAAAAACCUUCGUCCUGUCAUGAUCAACCUUCGCAAGGGUAUUAGCACGGGAAGUGCAAAGAUUACUGGUUUCAGGACCACAGUUUGGGCAACUUUAUUGGCUUUCGCUUUCUAUGGAAUCGAUAUCAACGAAGCCCUAAGAGAGCUCUCCGGUGCAGACGCACUAUCAUUAAGAAGCAAGGCACUCCAAAUGUUCGAAGCGGCACAACUGUAUAGGGCUGAGAGGAUGAUUCAAGAGAUAGUCGACGUCGACAGCUCUGAUGAACAGAGUAGAACUAUUGUAAAAUCAGACCUAGAUCGCGAGCUCGACAUGAUAAAAGACAACCAUGAUGGAUUGAACAGCUUACUGAAACAGGUCGCAAUGGAGGUCGCCACUAAAAUCCCAGAGAGCUUCAACAUUGCGAUCCCGCUCAAUAACCGGGGAGAGCCACUCUUCAACGGCAGCAAUGAGAACUGGGAGUUGAUUUAUUACAGAGAAUCGAGCAUACUUCAAGGAUCUACGGAUGAGAGAGAUGGAUGGCAGAUUGGGCGACAUAUAGGACUUAUUUGUGAGAAAGAGAUAGUGAUCGUCUACGAUAUAGCACAGAUAGUGCUUCGAUUUGAAGACAUGCUUGUGGAAGUGUCCGAUAUCUGUGGCCAAAUCGACAGUCUCAUCGCAACGACUCAAGCAGCAAUUUUCUACAAGCUAGUGCGACCAAAACUAGUACAAGAGAAUAUCGUCAUUAUAAGGGCGGACAGGCCAGAGGCGGGCCAUAGUCCGAGCAUGUUACUGCUUACAGGUCCCGACUACUCAGGCAAAAGUGUCUAUAUGAAGCAAGCUACUUUAAUCAUCUAUCUUGCACAAGUCGGAAGCUUUGUCCCCGCGGAGAGUGCAGAGGUCGGCAUAACAGAUAAGAUCUUGGUGAAGAUGAAUGCCCAGGGGAGCGUCUCUAAGAAAGUGACCAGUCGCAGUUUGCUCUUGAUCGACGAGUUCGGUAAAGGGACUCUUGGGAACGGCUGGUGGAGUCAGAUUUCGCUUUCGACAGCUGCAAGCUAUAGAUCCCGGAUUUCUAAUACAAAUGGCAUCGGUCUUGCGUGCGGAAUUCUCGAGUAUUUGCUGAGUCUCAGAGAGGGCCCAAAGGUCAUAGCAGCGACGCAUUUUCACGAGGUAUUUGAGAAUGAUUUUCUCAGGGUUCGACCUCGAUUAUGGUUGGGUCAUAUGGAAGUACAGGUCUGCGAAGAAACCCGCGAUGCGGAAGAUCAGAUCACCUACCUCUGUAAUCCCCGACCAGGCCGAAGUAACGAGAGUUUUGGGACUAUCUGCGCGGCAAUCAACGGAAUCAACCAGACUGUCGUCGACCGCGCCAACGAGCUCUCUUUACUCUCUGCUCGCGCUUUGGAAGAAGCAAUGCGUUAGCUAGAAGAUUCCUUGGGAUAGAUAUGUCUGGGAGCGUUGGGAUAGACUCGAGGGAUACUCCAGAGGGGUUAUUUGAAGGCCUGAGACAAUAGUCGUUGGUCUUACUAUUAUUUAGUGCUUCAGGCCAUAACUAGCUGAAUGCGUCCUUCUUACGUAGUAC